CAGAGAUCCCGUGGCUUUUAAUUCCCUCACUACUUUUUUUUUUUCCUCCUUCGAUGUGCCCCGUUAUUACCAUUUGUCGUUCAUUUCCGCACCUGCCACAGUAGAGACCGGGCGAAAGGCGAAGUAGAGGAAGAGACAAGGACAUUUCGAGAGGCAGACGGUUAGAGAGAUACAGCGCGUGAGAUCUUUAAAAAAAAAAAAGAAAAAGAAAAAGGACACAAAAUGCUGCUGUGGACCAGAAUCGUAUUGGUCGGUCUCAUCUGCUUGUCCUUGGUUUCCUCUGGGAUGGGAUGUGGACCGGGCAGGGGGUAUGGAAGGAGAAGACACCCGAAGAAACUGACACCUCUUGCCUACAAGCAGUUCAUCCCCAACGUGGCGGAGAAGACCCUCGGGGCAAGCGGAAGAUACGAAGGCAAGAUCACCAGAAACUCCGAGCGAUUUAAAGAACUGACUCCCAAUUAUAACACAGACAUCAUAUUCAAGGAUGAGGAGAACACCGGAGCGGACAGGCUCAUGACUCAGAGAUGUAAAGACAAGCUGAACUCUCUGGCCAUCUCAGUGAUGAACCAGUGGCCCGGGGUCAAGCUUCGGGUCACGGAGGGCUGGGACGAGGACGGGCACCACUUCGAGGAGUCGCUCCACUACGAGGGCCGAGCCGUGGACAUCACCACCUCGGACAGAGACAAGAGCAAAUACGGAACUUUGUCCAGACUGGCGGUGGAAGCGGGAUUCGACUGGGUCUACUACGAGUCCAAAGCGCACAUCCAUUGCUCUGUGAAAGCAGAAAACUCAGUGGCUGCAAAGUCAGGCGGCUGCUUCCCAGGAUCCUCCACGGUCACCCUGCAGGAUGGCACCCAGAAGCCGGUCAAACUCCUCCAGAGCGGGGACAGGGUCCUGGCAGCGGAUGCGCACGGAAACCCGAUUUACACCGACUUCAUCAUGUUCAUAGACCAAGACUCGACCACCAGGAGGCUUUUCUACGUGAUCGAAACCGAGUCGGGGGAGAAAAUCACCCUCACGGCAGCUCACCUGCUGUUCGUGGGUCAAAACAACACCGAAAACACGGAUGAAAUGUCGGCAGUCUUCGCCAGCCAGGUCCGAACCGGACAGACGGUGUUCGUGUUUGACGCAGAGAGACGUCGACUGGAACCAGUGUGCGUAAAGCGGAUUUUUACGCAUGAAUACGAGGGCUCUUUUGCACCGGUGACCGUGCAGGGAACCGUGGUGGUGGACCAGGUCCUUGCGUCCUGUUACGCAGUGAUCCAGGACCACGAUCUGGCGCACUGGGCUUUGGCACCAGUCCGGUUCUUCUACUGGGUGAACUCGUUGCUUUUCCAGCGUCCAACCAGUGCCCAAACCGAUGGGGUGCACUGGUACUCCAAGAUCCUUUUCCAGUUAGGAACAUGGCUCUUGGACAGCCACUCGAUCCAUCCACUUGGGAUGUCAGUAUACACGAGUUGAAACCUCUAGGAGAAGACUUAAAAAUGUAGGACACAUGAACUAUUCAGUAGAUUAAAAAAAUAAUAAUAAUAAUUAAAAAAACGAACAUACAAGACAAAAGGCCCCCAGUGGAGACGGGAUAUUUAUUUCAGUGACUUUUUCCAUGUGUCCCCCUUUCAAAGAAUGAAUGGAGCCUUAAAAAAGUUUCUCUUUGAAUAAUUUAUUCUCAUGUGAACUCGCUGCUGUCACACACAAAUGGAUUCUGAGACGACGGGUGUGUGUGAGCAGCAAAUUGUGCAUAAUCUAUUUUUGUAUAUCUGAAAUGCAAAAAACUGAAAAAACAAGGAAAAAAAACGACGAAAAAAAAACAUGAAAAAAUGUCGCAAAGAGAAAGAAGAAGAGUAGAAAAGGAGCUAACUAUUGACAGGUUGUAAUGUUCAUAUGUGCAUAAAUGUGUGCAACUGACUGUUAUAUUUUGGGGAGAAACAAACUUCGCGGGGUUCCAUAAAUUAUAUUUUUAUACACAGAAUUGUAAAUUAGAUUUUGACAGAUCGCUACCGAAUCACAUUUCGUUAUUUGAAAUAGUGUAAGAUAUGAGAAUAUAUUUUAAUUUAAAUACAGUAGUUGGGAAAGUAUUGGAAAAAAUCUUGUACUGCUUUGGUUUAUUUUAAGAAUUUUAUUAUGUUGGAAACUGUUGGUUUUAAGUUGUCGGAGAGGGACAGAUAUUCUGCCUCAUGUCUGCAUUUUUCUCUGCUUUUCCUUUCUGUUGUGUUUCUAUUUCUCCUGUUUUCUUCUGAGAAAAAUAUUAAAUGCAGAUUCUGACAAUUCAGUAAAAUCGUCAACAAAGUAGAAACAGUUUCGUUAAAUAAAUUAAUAAGUAACUCCUGUAAAUGUACUAAAACAAAUGUAUUUUUCUUUUCAUAUUUUGUAAUAGGGAAAUAGUUUUAUAGAAAUGACCUGCGGCAGAUGCAAAGUUUGGAUAGUCUAUAUAUAGCCAGACCAUAACUUUCAUAACAGGGCGAUGCGUCAAAAUGUCUAGAGUUUAUUAUUUAUAUGUUUAUUACAAAAUGAGAUAAAGAAAAUCUU